CGCACAUCACUUAAACCAACAGUGCUUCUCUCCUCUACGUCCCCGCUCCUCUGCGCUGCUGUCCCGGUGUCUGCCUCUGGAGGAGAGCGAGCGCCCCAGCAGCUACAGCAGCACCAUCACGGCUGCUUGCCUGUCCGCCUGCACGGUAACAUGCUCUGCAGGCUUCGGCUGCUGUAGCUCCAUAUAUAUAUAUGUAUAUAUAUAUAUAUACAUAUAUAUAUACAUAUAUAUGUGUGUAUAUUUAUAUGCAUAUACUGGGACGUGUGUUUUAGUGCGUGUGUGAGUGUGUGUGCGUGUGUUUGUAAACAAUAAGGGGAUCUGGUCAGAGGUUUUUAUUCAGCCCCGGAGGAAAGCGUCCAGUUCCAGCCGAGCAUUCCCGCAUCUCCCUCCACGCUGCAGGGGAGAACCUCCGCUCCAGAGCCCGUCGCUACAACCGGGUUGAACACCAACAGCUGGGCACUCAGACGGGAAAGAUGGAUUAAUGUUUUAUGCGCUGCAGGAUGGAAGGCUGGGGGAGAAAAGACCUGUUUCAAGAAACUGGAAGUGUGGAACACUGCCUGGCUUUUGCGAUAGACGGCGCCGUUGACAAGUGAAAGGACGAUAAAAACUGUCCCAUUGCCAUGGGGAAACAAAACAGCAAGCUGCGGCCUGAGAUGCUGCAGGACCUCCGGGAGAAUACAGAGUUCUCUGACCACGAGCUGCAGGAGUGGUACAAGGGUUUCUUGAAGGAUUGCCCCAGUGGAACUUUGAACGUGGAGGAGUUUAAAAAGAUCUAUGCCAAUUUCUUUCCCUACGGAGAUGCCUCAAAGUUCGCCGAGCAUGUCUUCCGGACUUUCGACACCAAUGGUGACGGGACGAUAGAUUUCCGGGAGUUCAUCAUCGCCUUGAGCGUCACGUCGCGGGGGAAGCUGGAACAGAAGCUGAAAUGGGCUUUCAGUAUGUACGACCUGGAUGGAAACGGAUACAUCAGCCGUGAGGAGAUGCUGGAGAUUGUACAGGCCAUCUACAAGAUGGUUUCAUCUGUGAUGAAGAUGCCAGAGGAUGAAUCCACGCCAGAGAAGAGGACGGAUAAGAUCUUCAGACAAAUGGACCUCAAUAAUGAUGGCAAAUUGUCCUUGGAGGAGUUUAUCAAAGGUGCCAAAAGCGACCCCUCCAUUGUCCGGCUACUCCAGUGUGACCCCAGCUCCGCCUCCCAGUUCUAAACCCAUCCUGCUCCAACCCUGUUUUUAUUCGCCCUGCUCUAUUUCUGUUGCUACUCAGAACGUCCCUGAAAUCAAUGCAUGAUGGUUCACAUUUCUCAUGUGUUUAGUUCUUGUUUAGCCGAGAGGUUGAGGAGGGUAGGAAUUUCACUUUACUUUUGUAUUUGGGGAAAAUGAAGGGACAUGCUUUCGUACAUUUAAUGCUGGGUCCAGGAGGCACCUGUCAUUGUUCCUGACUGUCUCCAUCUGUAUCUGGAACAUGAGGCUGUUACGGAGCUUGGAUGCUUUCUGCUGCAUGGAGAGGCCCUCGGCUUCACCUCCAACGCAUGUGUAUAUCAUGUACAUACUGUAUGUGUAUGUAUAUCAUAAGUCAGUUUGUCUUCACUCACUGUGUGGCACACAUUCUGUGGCAUUGAACAGCAGUAUUAUGUAGCGUUGCUUCCUGUGCUGAUCUCAGUGGGAGUUUUGGGGUUGGUGGGAUUUUAUCGCUGCAUGAUCUUUCGCUGUGAAAAAGAAGGCCUAAGAUCCCUUUUGAUUAUUUGUGAAUAUCUACUGGUGAUCUUUUUUUGUUUGUUUUGCUUUUUUGUAAUUUGUACAUAAUUUUUUCCUUGUUUUUAAUUUGAUUUAAUUUAUUCAUUUAUACUCUAAAUGUGCUUUUACUUUGAUAUGUUUGAGACGUCUAUAUUCCAGUUUACAAUGGCUGAGUGAAAGGCGUGAUUUUAUGGAUUUGGUCAAAAUGAAGGAUAUGAAUUUCCAGUGAAAUAAGAGGAUCUCAUAAUGCAUUCGAUCAACAUCACCAGUAGAACAUAUCGGUAUUUUGCUGCCAUGUAUUCACAGAGUAUGGCUGUGCUUUCAGUCUGAAUGCAUGUGUGCACGUGUGAAUUCCCACUGAAUGCUUGAGGCUAACUUUUACAGUAUUAUGUUGUGUUCUAUAUGUACAGUACCUUGCAAAACUUAUUCAGACCCCUUAAACCUUUUCACAUCUUCUCAUGUUUCAACCAAAAAAGGUAAUGUGUUUCGUUGGUGUUUGAUGUGGUACACCAACACAUGGUAGUGCAUAAUUUGUGAAGUGUAGAUAAAAAGAAUAUGUGAUUUUCAUAUUUGUCAUAAAUAAAUAUCUGAUAAGGGUGACACCCCUAUUAAUGAAAUCUUUGUAGAACUACUGCACUUACGCUGCUAUUACAGCAAGUCUUUUGUCUUUCUGACAUCUCUGAACAGAAGUGCAAAUGCUAUAGAUUUUUCUUCUGCUACCAGUUUUAGAAUAGAUGUACAUUUGAUCUGCAGCAACAUCAACAGUUUUAAAUAGGAACUGUAGUAAAUGCUGGUGCCGCAAGAAAGCGCAUGAAAGUCAGAGGCAUUUGCCAUUUUUCUCAAGACAUCUAGGGCAUGAAGCUAUAACCCAGACUUUAGCUUUCCCGUUAACAGUUUUUCCCACCUGAGCUGUGGAUUUCUGUGUUCUGAGUUACCAUGGACUUCAUGGCUGCUUCUCUGAUUGAGGCUCUUCUUUAAUUGUCAGUUUAGGUGAAUGACAAUGUGUUGCACAAUGUACAUAUAGUGUUGCCACACUGUUUCCAAAAAGAGAAGCCUCCCACAGUAUAAUGCUGCCACCACCGUCUGUCAACGUAGGGAUGAUCUGUUCAAGGGUAAUGAGUGUUCGUUUUCCUGCAUACAGCGUUUUGCAUAUAUGCUAAAAUAAUUGCUAUUUUGUCCUCGUCCUACAUUUUUUAUCCACUCCACAAUUGUGCACAACUUUGUCUUGAUCUGUCACUUAAAAUCCCAGUAAAGUACAUUGAGGCUUGUGGUUUUAUUGUGACAAAAUGUAAAAAUGUUCAUCAGAUAUGAACAGUUUUGCAAGUUAUUGUUAGUAUCUUAGAAUUCUUUAAUAUUGAGCAGUAAACUUAAGAUAGUUGUAACCUGUCACUAUAAUGCAUGAUCCUACGAGCAAGACACAGGCAACUUUCACAACCACAGUUUACGCAAAGUGAUACCUUUUUGGAGCUCUGCAGCCCUUUCAGAAAUGAGCAUGUCUCCAGCUGUGGAGCAACCCCACCAUCCCUCCCUCAAUCUUUUUUUUCUUCUGACAGAGAACUCACUAAGGGCUUGUUCAUCACUCUUAUGCAGAACGCUGCUUGCAGAGCAGUCACAUGUAGAGGCAUGCUUCAUGAGAGAGCAACAAGGUCAUACACUUGUUCAGAUUUCAUAGGGUGAUACAGGGAAUCAAUUUCUAUUGGCACUUUAAAGUCUAUAAUUAAAAGCACCUACUUUAUUUGAUGAUAAUAAUUGGAGCACUAUUGUCUGGUAUUUAGAGAACUGUCUCUCAUCAGAAGAAAUAAAAACAUAUGUUUUGAGACAGUGGAGCCAGCACUACUCUGAAAUGUCUCACAAUAAAUCCAGUUCACUGUUGCCCUCACCUGGUUUGUACACUUUUAAACCAACUGAAAGAGAAAUUAAAUAGAGCAAAAAUGUAUUUAAAGUCAAUAAAAUCAAUUCAUCCUUAUUUGUUAUAGUUUUACCCAAUAUCGAAUUGGUCACACAUUAAAAAAGAUGGACACAAGUAAAUAGCCCAUGUAUACCUGAGAGCUGUCCUGGAACCCCUGCAUCCAACUACUCUGACAUGGAUCUAAAGAAUAAAUGUUGUGAACAGGAAAUACCUAUCCAGCAGCGUCUCUGCUUUGGGGAUCCUUACGUAUCACUGCCUUCUGCUGGUAGAAUAAGAAACAGUCAGAAUUUCCUGAUUUACUAGUUUAUUCCUUUUUCUAUUAUCACUGCCUCUUAUGAUAAACUGGUAUCUUGUCUUAAAGAAAUCAAACCCCCCUCCUUUAUUUCUCCCUCCUUCCCCUGUUCCUGCACUAUUUUUCUGUUGCAUGAAAACCUCAUGUGAGGAUGCAAUGUUUGUUCUGUUGAACCUGACAAUAAAGUUAUCAAAAUAUA